AUGCCACGCUUCCAAGUGUUCGUGAGAUGGCGUCCGCUCAGCGCCAAUGAGUCAGGUGAAGGAGAAAUAAAACGUGAAUACAGUGAGAAUAAUUCAACAAUAUCAAUCUCAGCGCCACCUCAAUCCAAGACUCUUUCACGCCGUAACAUUGCUUGGAAGAGCGGGUCCUCGUUUUCAGGAAUAUUUGACGCUAAUGACAACAACAAAAUUGUCUUUGACUCGGUAGUGUCACCAGUCCUAUCUAAUGUUUUACAGGGCCAGUGCUGUAAUUUCUUUGCAUAUGGACACUCCGGCAGUGGCAAGUCCCAUACGAUUAUGGGAUAUAAUUAUGACAACAGCGAGGAAUUCGGUCUUUGUUUAGCUGCUGCACAUCAUCUGAUUUCCGCUCUUAAAAAAUUAAAUACGGUAGAUGAUGGUGGGCGGGGUGAUAAACUUGGGAUUGGUAUUCGGAUGUAUGAGAUGCGGAAGAAUAGCGCUUUUGAUCUGCUGAAUGGACACCGGGAGUGUCAUGUUCGAGAAGGGUCAGACGGGCGGGUAUAUAUUCGCGGCGAGACGGAGAUGCUUGAGGAUGGGAAAGUAAGGGUUCGGCCUAUCACCACAGUGGGAUGCUGGAGCUUUGAAGAUCUACAUCGAGAGUUGCAAGUCGGUCUGAAACUCCGAGCAACCGGGUCAUCGACAAUCCAUGACCAGAGUUCUAGAACACAUGCAGUUCUGGAGCUAGAGAUAAUUACAGAAAAGCUGACAGUGGCACGUGACGCUGUUUUUGAACGCCAGUCAGAGCUUGUUCCAGUAGGGAAGCAUGCAACAGAUGUAUACAUCGAGGAACAGUCUCGAGGAGUCAUGCUGAACAGUGACGGGAAGUGGAUUCCUAACCCUGACUACCAAAUAAAUCAAUCGCGGAUCGACGCCGCGGAAUUAAAGAAAGGAGAGUUUGAAAAGCGUGUGAAGGAGGCAGAAGAUUAUGAAACCAAGGUCUUUAGAGACAUUGCCAGUCGUCACGCAUGUAUUGGGGGAAGGCUCGUUUUUGUGGAUCUGGCUGGAUCGGAGUACUCUGAUGACAGUAGAACUGGACCUGGACCAAAGCAGACCCCUCAGGAAAAGCAGGAAGGGAGGCAGAUCAACAGUGACCUUUUGGCCCUAAAAGAGGUUAUCCGCGCCACGGCGUUGAAUCAAACUCGCAUUCCUUUUAGGUCUUCGCCCCUGACGAUGGUCUUGCGCCAGCACUUUCAGACGUCAACAAAUAAUCAUUCAGCCAUGAUCUUGACUAUCUCUCCUUCGACCCAACAAUUUGCGGCUGCCAUGAACACAUUGAAAUAUGGGGACUUGGUUGGUGUUGCUAGUGGAAAAAAAAGAAUAGCAUGA